CUUGUUGUCGUUGUGAUUCAUUAAUCCACCGUCAUCUUCUUCCUGUUGUUGUUGCGACUCAUUAAUCCACCGUCAUCGUCGCAUCGUCGAUCCCCUUAGGCCCUGAUUUCGGCAACCGCCGUCUCCUUGUCGCUGGAGGUAGUCGGUCCCUCUUGGUGUUUCUCUCCUCUGUUUGUAGAAUUGUCGAAUCACAUAGUUAUGGGGGAAUACUGAAUGACAGAAUAAGCAGAAACCCCAUAACCCCAAUACCUUCCUAUGUGAUCUUGAAUGUACACCAGAACGGUAACUGCUGUCAGAGUCCCAAAACUUAUGAAGAACACGAACCAGUUGAAGAAUUUUAUCAUCUGAUUUUUCUCGAUGCUGCUGUCUCAGUGUACAUGUCCUCUCUGGAGAAGGAGCCGAUGUGCUAUUUACUUAUUAACUGCUGUAAACCUUCCAAGACUGAAAGUGAACAAAAGCAGGAGCAACCAACCGCGGGCAAAGGCUGUCACUCCGUCGACGCCCCCGUCUCCGGCGACGACCAAGGCGCGAAGAACGGAACCCUAUCAAUUUUCGCCGGCGGGGAGGAAUCAACAGUGAAGAAUCUGGAACCCUUGUUUUCAGUGAUGGGGAAAGUGAACUACAUGGGAGGGAGUGGGAAGGGGCAAUUCAAGAAAUUGGCGAAUCAGGUGACGAUAGCGUCGACGAUGGUGGGGCUGGUGGAGGGAAUGGUGUAUGCACACAAGGCGGGGUUGGAUGUAGGGUUGUACCUGGAGGCGGUUUCCAUCGGCGUGGCCGGUUCGAAGUCGCUGGACUUGUACGGAAAGAGGAUCUUAAAGAGGGAUUUUGAAGCGGGGUUUGCUGGGUUAUUAAGGGAUUGGAAACAAACAAAUUUCUUUUUUCUUUUUCCUUGUCAUUUUCCUUAUUUUCUUAAUGAUUCUAUCAUUGUUGGUACUAUAAAUGGGUAUAGUUUGAUUUCCUGUGUAAUUGGGCAGAGCAGUGUGAUCUUCUUGUUGUCGGAUGUAUCACGAGAAAGGUGAGUGUGAGAGAGAUAAGAACUUCAACGCAUCAAAAUGUAACAAGAAGCUGAUUGGUGCAAGGUUUUUCGUCAAGGGUUUGGACAGUUGAACAAAACUUAAUAACAAAUUAAAUAAAAAAUUCCACAUAAUA